AAAGAUUGAGAAGAACAGAAAAGAGAAGAAAACAAGGGUUCAAUCCUUACAUUUUCGGUUAGCGCCGACAAGUGCACUUUGAUUGAUUUCAAUUUCUAGGCACGAGGAAACUGCUUGUACUUCGCUGAAUUGGGAUAUCUCUUUCAAUCACACUCAUCCCUCUCCCUUUUCAGAAGAACUCGCUUUCUCACCAUCUUGCGUUGUAUCGGUACAUUCAUCUUCUCCUUCAUUCAAUAUUGUGCAAGAGAACUCGUUUUUAUGGCCAUUGUCCUGAAAUCAACUUGCUUCUUGCAAUUGAAGAAACCUGAGGCCAGUUUCCAGAUUUGUUUUUCCUCCAAGAAAGCUAUAAUCUCAGUAAAAAGACACACUCCAGUUGCUGCUAUCAGAACCAUGGAAGCAGUUGGGCUCUCUGAAACAUUCAUCAGACUUAAAAAACAAGGAAAAGUGGCUUUCAUCCCAUACAUCACAGCUGGUGAUCCUGACCUUUCAACCACAGCAGAAGCACUGAAAUUGCUUGAUUCAUGUGGGUCUGACAUAAUUGAGCUAGGUGUUCCAUACUCUGAUCCUUUGGCAGAUGGUCCUGUUAUCCAGGCUGCUGCUACCCGAUCUUUAGCAAGGGGGACUAAUUUUAAUGCGAUUAUUUCUAUGUUGAAGGAGGUUGUUCCGCAAUUAUCUUGUCCAAUUGCACUGUUUUCUUAUUACAAUCCAAUACUAAAGCGAGGUACUGAGAGAUUUAUGUCCACCAUAAGAGACAGCGGCAUACAUGGGCUUGUAGUCCCAGAUGUUCCUCUGGAGGAGACGGAAACUUUAAGGACAGAAGCUAAGAAGAAUGGAAUUGAACUGGUACUCCUCACAACACCCACCACUCCAACAAAUCGAAUGAAAGCCAUUGUUGAUUCUGCGGAAGGAUUUGUGUAUCUUGUGAGCUCAGUGGGGGUCACUGGAGCCCGAGCAUCAGUUAGUGUAAAGGUUCAAACUCUUCUGCAGGAAAUUAAAGAGGCAACAACUAAGCCUGUGGCAGUUGGUUUUGGAAUAUCAAAACCUGAGCAUGUGAAGCAGGUAGUGGAAUGGGGAGCUGAUGGUGUGAUUGUUGGCAGUGCUAUGGUGAAGUUGCUUGGUGAGGCCAAAUCUCCUCAAGAGGGAUUGAAAGAACUGGAAAAUUUCACUCGCUCUCUAAAAUCAGCACUUCCUUGAAAAUAAGCUUUGAGAGUUCUAGUAGUUACCAUCUUCACAGAUAAUGGACUGAAUAAGGAUAUGUUUGUUAAACUAUUAUUAUUAUUAUGUCCGUGGUAUAUUAUUAUCAAGUUUUUGUUCCUUUUCAAUGAUGAUUGGAUCUCUUCGUUACUGGAAGUGAAUACUGAAUAAUGUCCCAUUAGAGAUUCACCUCCUUUCUCUGCUGAGCUGUGUCAUCUGGUUCCCCCUUAAACAUUUCACCUCUUGUAUAAGAGCCUCC